AUGGAUAAUUGGCCGUUGGGCUUUCCUGCGCAGGCGGAAGCAUGCGCGCUGGCGGAGCCCGCGCAUGAAAGCGCAGGUGUUGCGCGGGGUGGGCGGAAGGCCUCCGCGUGCGCGGCGGUGGCGGGCGGGGAUGGCGGAGGGUGCAGCGCAACGACUAUGGAUUGCCUCGACGACGCGUGUCUGCUUCUCGUCUUCUCCUUCCUAGCACCGCUUCCAGAUCGGUUCCACGCGGGCCGUGUGUGCCGCAGAUGGCAACAUCUUGCCGCCGAUCGCCGCAUGUGGAUCCACGUGGACCCGCUCCGCUUCUCCCGCCGAUUCUCCGCGCCACGUCACCACCUCCGCCGCUCGCUUGACUCCGCCCUCUCCCCUCACCCUCUCCGCGCAAGCCUCCCUUCCGCCUUCCCCCCGCUUCCGCCCCCGCGCGCGACACCCCCGGCGCACGCACAAUCCCUCCCGCCGCCUCUCCGCGGGGAGGCAGACGACGAGGUUGACGACAUGCUGCCACGUGUCUUCCCGUCGUUGGCACUUGCGGUCAGAGCUGCGCGUCCGGGCGACACCAUCCUAUUGGCAGCAGGCGCCGUGCAUGCAGUGGAGAGUGUGGUCGUGGACAAGCCGCUGUGCCUGAGGGGAGCGGGCAUGACAUGUGCAGACACGGUUCUCGAGAGCCCAAAGUGGGCCGAGAGCGCACUGGACUUCUCAGCGUCAGCGCUGUUAAUCAACGUGACAGUGCGGUCAGGGUACGGGCACUGCGUGCUGCACCGGCAGGGGCGGCUGGUGGUGGAGCGGUGUGCCAUAGAGUGUGCUGCACACCCCCUCGCACACCUCUUCUUCCCCAUCCUCUCCUCUGCAACUUGCCACCCCGGCUCCCAUGCACAUGCGCUUGCACAGAAAGAAAUUCAGCAGCAGCAGCAGCAGCAGCAGCAGCAGCAGCAGCAGCAGCAGCAGCAGCAGCAGCAGCAGCAGCAGCAGCAGCAGCAGCAGCAGCAGCAGCAGAAGGAAGGGGAGCGGUUGGGUGAGGGAGGAGUGGAGGGAGGGAUGGCUGUCGCAGUGGCUAAUAGGAAGAGGCGGAGGGUUGGUGGGGAGUGUGAAGGGGAGAAUGGUGGUGUCUGUGGAGGGGACAUGCAGAGGGUGGGUGGGAAGGCGGCAGGGGUGAGGGUGGUGGAGACGAGUUUUGUGGGGGGAGGCAGUGCGGUGCACACAUGCGGAGGGAUGGCUCUUAAAGAGGUUCGGGUGCUCUACGCCCGUGCAUCCCUUGUCUUCUGCUUUGUCAUUGACUGUAUAGAGUUAAAGAGCGUGGGGAAGAGGGAGGAGGAGGAGGAGAGCAGAGAGGGCGGAGAGAGAGGAGAAUGGCCUUCAGUCCGGCCACGCGUCUCGUGUUUCAAGUCACGAAGCCAGACAACACUCAAUCCAGCAAACCCUCCUCUCCCUCUCCCCCCUUUCCUCCCUCCCCCCCCCACCCCCCUCCCACCCCCCCAAACCCCCCACCCGCUGUUCUUCUCAUACUUGAAGGAGCUAAUCUGCAAGGAGCUGUUCUUCUCGUAUUUCAAGGAGCUGAUCGGCAAGGAGGUGACGGUGGAGCUGAAGAACGACCUGGCCAUCAGCGGCACGCUGCACUCUGUGGACCAGUACCUCAACAUCAAGCUGCACAACUCCAGGGUCGUCAAUGAUGCGAAAUACCCGCACAUGCUGUCAGUGAAGAACUGUUUCAUCCGAGGCUCAGUGGUGCGCUACGUGCUGCUGCCACCAGACGGUGUUGACGUGGACAUUCUACACGACGCCACGCGCAGGGAGGCACGUGGCGCCACGUGA